CCGGUGGGGGCUUGGCCCAGACGCCUGGGUCGGGAUUCGCAGAUGUCGCCUCGUCAUUGCAAAGCGUUCCCUGGCGCUACUCUGGGAAAAUGGAGUGCCCUGCAGCGCCAGCAUUCUGGCGCCUUUUCUUCUGACCUGUUUCCUUCUAACCUAAACCUGCGGGCGGAUGGCAGCCUUGGGGGAUUCAUUCCUCGGCCUCACAAUCCUCACCUAGAUGCUCCGGGCAUGCCUUCCUACUUCUACUUUCGCUCCUCUGAGACCCACUCUGCAUGGAGCUUCCUGGAGAGCCUUCCAAACGGGAGGUUAUCACCACCUAUUGUCCUGCUAACAAUGAGCCAAUAGCCAGAGUCAGACAGGCCAGCGCGGCUGACUAUGAAGAAACUGUAAAGAAAGCAAGAGAAGCUUGGAGGAUCUGGGCAGAUAUUCCUGCUCCAAAGCGAGGAGAAAUAGUGAGACAGAUCGGUGAUGCCUUGCGGGAAAAGAUCCAAGUACUAGGAAGCCUGGUGUCUUUGGAGAUGGGGAAAAUCUUGGUGGAAGGUGUGGGAGAAGUGCAAGAGUACGUGGAUAUUUGUGACUAUGCCGUUGGCUUGUCUCGGAUGAUUGGGGGACCCAUCCUGCCUUCUGAAAGACCUGGCCACGCGCUCAUCGAGCAGUGGAAUCCCGUAGGCCUGGUUGGAAUCAUCACUGCAUUCAACUUCCCCGUGGCAGUAUACGGCUGGAACAACGCCAUCGCCAUGAUCUGCGGGAAUGCCUGCCUUUGGAAAGGCGCUCCAACAACUUCGCUCAUUAGUGUAGCCGUCACAAAGAUAAUAGCCAAGGUUCUGGAAGACAACAAGCUGCCUGGUGCUAUUUGUUCCUUGACUUGUGGUGGAGCGGAUAUUGGCACAGCAAUGGCCAAAGAUGAGCAGGUGAACCUGCUGUCCUUCACCGGAAGCACUCAGGUGGGAAAACAAGUGGCCCUUAUGGUACAGGAGAGGUUUGGGAGAAGUUUAUUAGAACUUGGAGGAAACAAUGCCAUUAUAGCUUUCGAGGAUGCGGACCUCAGCUUAGUCGUUCCCUCAGCUCUCUUUGCGGCCGUGGGGACAGCCGGCCAGAGGUGUACCACUGCGAGGCGCCUGUUUUUACAUGAAAGCAUCCACGAUGAAGUCGUUAAUAGACUCACGAAGGCCUAUGCUCAGAUCCGUGUUGGGAACCCAUGGGAUGCUAAUGUUCUCUAUGGGCCACUCCACACCAAACAGGCAGUGAGCAUGUUUCUUGGAGCAGUGGAGGAAGCAAAGAAGGAAGGUGGCACAGUGGUCUAUGGUGGCAAGGUUAUGGAUCGCCCUGGAAAUUACGUAGAACCGACAAUUGUGACAGGUCUUGACCACAGGGCAUCCAUUGUACACACAGAGACUUUUGCCCCAAUUCUCUAUGUCUUUAAAUUCAAGAAUGAAGACGAGGUCUUUGCAUGGAAUAAUGAAGUAAAACAGGGACUUUCAAGUAGCAUCUUUACCAAGGAUUUGGGCAGAAUCUUCCGCUGGCUUGGACCAAAAGGAUCCGACUGUGGCAUCGUAAACGUCAACAUUCCAACGAGUGGGGCUGAAAUUGGAGGUGCCUUUGGAGGAGAAAAGCACACUGGCGGCGGCAGGGAGUCUGGCAGUGAUGCCUGGAAACAGUACAUGAGAAGAUCUACUUGUACCAUCAACUACAGUAAGGACCUUCCUCUGGCCCAAGGAAUCAAGUUUCAGUAAAAGUGCUUUAUGCCGACCUUUCAAGUCUUUCAGGCAUUGCUGCAACUCUUCUGAAGAAGGCAAUGAAAGUUAAGAUGUGCCUUGAGUAAAUGCAUCAUUUUGAAUGUGACAGUGCCUCCAAGGCCCUAAUCAAGAGACUUUUUUUUUAAAAUAAAAAUUAGCAUGACAGCCUUAUUUAGUGAAAGAGUAGAUGAAUUUUUAUGUUACUAGUAGUUACCAAUUUUUUUUUAAGUUUAGAAUUAUUUUAUAAUUUAGAAGAAAUAAUACUUGCCAUGGUAGGAAUUUGGAAAAAACACAGACCUUAAUAAGGAAGAAAAUAGAAGUCUUGUCAGUGGAUGCAGGAACAUCUCCCAAGCAGGUAAAGAAGUCGGCGCGUAUUGAUUCAGGUCGCCCUCCUCAGCAGGUAUUAAGAAGGUGUGAUUGCAGAGGGGUGUGCCCCCUGCUGGUGGAGGAGCACAGCACAGCAGCCCUGUGCAGUGACACCAAGGGCGUUCAGCACCAUCACCGCUUCUUGCUCAGGAUAGCUGGUCACUACAGAAGCAAUGUGUAGUGUGGACAGACAUUUCGCUCCUGCCUGGACCUCCUGACGACAUGGAAUUCCAUGCAAAGUGCAUCUGGAUUUCUUAUGCAACCUCCGACCGUUUUCUGUAGCUGUCAGACUUCUGGGAUUGCCCUUAGGUUUGUUCUAGGAGAAUAACCACGUGUGGCAGCACAUGUUGGCGCUGAACUCAGCACAGUUCACUUUCUCUGUGCUCAGAGUCAGCUUCCUUCUCUUGAGAAGCUGCUCAGGAGCCCCUGGAGUGGUUCAGCCUGGGGCCCUUUUGAGCCCACGCUGGCUCCUGUAAUUCUAUCUUCCUAGCAGUCUCUGCUUCCCUAACGGGUAGCAGCCAGCACCUACUUGAUUCCUGCCAGAUUGGAUUGGGCAGAAGCCUUCAAAGACAGUGACAUUUGUCCAGGACCUCAUGUGUCAGGAUGUAUGGAGAGAUUUAGACAACUGGCAGAGAGUUUGGAGUUGAGUUAUGGCGGAGAAGCAAGCAGAUGAAAAAAACAAAGCCAUUAUAAAUUUAUCAGGAAAGCAAGGGUAUUGAUUACAUGCUCCAUGGCCCCACGGGGACUAGCAUUCACCGAAGUAUGCCUUGUCAGCCUGGAAUAUUAAGCCAGACGUGGACAAUAGGUGUUUGGAAAGCAUGUUGGCAGGAAAAAUUCAGCGUUUGAGGGUAGGUUAGAAAGGCAGGCAGUUUAUAUUUGGUAGUGGAAAAUCAGUAAUGCCUAAAAUUACAAAAGUAAGAAAUCACAAUAUAGGCUUAAAAAGAUAGGUAUAUUCUAUCAUUGUUUCUAUCAAUGAAAAAUCAUUGUUUCAGGAGAGCAAAUGAGGAAUGGGGCACCGAGACAGAAGAGAUUGCUUUUUUCCAUAACAAGUCUUGUAGAGCUUUUGAGUUUAUAUCAAGAAGAUGUAUAACUUUUGAUUAAAAAUUAAAACUAACAACAACAAAAAAAGUCAGAAUCA